UCGUGGGCUAGGUAGGGUUGUGAGUGGGUUCAACUGCGAGUCAAAAUACCGCUUCUAGUCAUCAGUCAUGUCAUCCCUGAUCCACCGAAUAAUUCGCCAGGCUAGAAUUGCCUUCUUGAAUCGGUCAUGCAACGAACUAGAAGUGACCGCCCUGCACAAGUUGGUCUCCCAACUGACGGCCGAAGACGUGGGCAUCGGUGAGGCUACAUUUCGCCGUCAUCGGCACUACGAGGCGCCAGUAUUGUACAUAAACGUUUUCGACAAUGAAGAUUUCGCAGUGACAAUUUUUGUGCUCAAACAGGGUUGUCGAAUCCCGCUUCAUAACCAUCCAGGAAUGACGGGUAUUUUAAAAGUACUCCACGGUACGGUUCGUAUCGAGUCAUUUUCGCCGACGUCAGCACCUCAACGCAGUGCAUUUUCCUAUAUCUUUGGCCGGGGUCGUGGAGGCGUGCAGGCCGUUCGACACGAGCCUAUUAUUGUGUCACCUCGCGAUGAACCAUGCAGGCUCUCGCCUAACAAAGGCAACAUACACGAGGUUAGAGCCGACCAAGGCGGUCCGGUAGCGUUUCUCGAUGUCUUGUCUCCACCGUAUGACAGCGGAUCGAGGGAUUGCACCUAUUAUGCCCUCUCCAGUACCGCGUCGCCUACCAGCGAUGGCGAGCGGUGUUUCCUGCAAGAAGUCCCAACCCCCAAUGACUUUUGGUGUGACACCUUCCCGUACGAGGGGCCGCGUCUCGGUAGCUCAAAUGAUGACGAGGUAGAAAACUAGCAGCAGAAGUAAUUACUCCAGCAAAUUCGACCCGCCCACAUACUUAUUAUUAAUACCGCAAUAUCUGGUAGGUGCGCAGUGGACCACGAAUGUAUCUCACCUUGGCCUUGACCACUUCUGUUUCGAUUUACUAAUGGACUUUCGAUUGUUUACGCUAAAAUGAACGCACUGCACGUUAACAGUCAGUUCUACGUACGAUCAGCUGUGCUCAGUUUGUGUGGAACCCUGUGUUUCCUACUGAGGCAGGGUGGGUUUGAUGCGUUCUAUACAUGCAAAAUGUGUGCAGGAACGGCCAGAAGACGCGAGGCUCUCGCCUCAUGGGAUGUUCUCUAAUGCCCGUGGUAAUAACUAUGAAGAUGCGCCGUAAAAUGACUGCGUCUAAGAUUUGAGCAAAGUCAGGACCGCAACGAAAAGGCGUUCUUGUCACGAAGGCAAGUCUUGUGUUUGAACGACGCCUUGCUGAAAGGCGUCUUAUGGACGGUAAACGGCUAGGUAAGCCAAUUUCAAACUCGAAUUUUCGAAGCAGCUGGAAAAUAUUGCGAAGCGAUGUAAGUCGCUCGGAGAAGAUCAAUUUUCGGUACCCAAUUACGGCCACGGGGUGUCACGGAACAAAACAACAGGACGGGAAUCUACGGCAGGGUGAGUGAGAGCACCGCAUUAAAAAGUGGUUACGAUAAUUAUGUCGAAGAUGAUGCUGAGGACUAUAACCUGGCUGAUCUUACUGCACAAUUUUAUAGUAGUCGCUGCAACAAGCAAACCCCAACUCAAUUAGGGACGUUUUUGUCCAAUCCGCUGAGAACGCGCGCUUAGAGCGAAAUCAGAAGUGCCAGCUUAUCGGUAUAUUUCUUCCAUAAUAAGCUCUCUCAUGUGAACCUUGGCCCCUGGGUAGUCUUCUGGGUUAAAAUAUUGAUGCUAUCCAGUAAUGAACUUCUCGUCGGUAAUGGUCCAUUUUGGUCCAAAUUGUCUUUUAAUGAGAAUUUUAUAAAGAGUAAAUUGUCGUACACCUAAGUGAUGUAUUUCUUUAUCUGCAGAUAAUUUUUUCUCACCAAACACGCACACGUAACCUCGGACAUACACAAGAGUAACACUAAAUGCCACCGCGAAAUUUACUUGGGUUUGCACCGUUUUGCUGAGAUGAAACGAAAGAAUUGUCAAUAAAUGACAGGUCGUGAUGGCGAAAUGAAUAAUAUACUGAGUGCGGAAGUUAUCUGUUAAAAUUCGAGUUUUUAGAAAGUUUACUACUCUAUUAAUAAUUAUUACUAUUGUAAAUCCAAAAGCGUUAUCUGAAAUUGAUUCAGCAUAUGCGCAACAAAACAAAACAUAGAUAAAUUGUAGAUAGGUUUAUCUCACCGCUCUGUGAAACAAUUUUUUCUUUGCUAAAUCUAGCAAUCACAGUUAUGAUUGUUAAUGACCCUGUGCAAAAUUUCCAAGCUAAGCAAAAGGCUACCAAUGGGAAAAUGUUUUGUUUUUCACUUAGACGGUGUCGAUUUAAUUAAAAUUGUUCGUAGUUUGCAAACCGCUUCGUUCAUUUCUUCUUUUCUUAAGUUAUUAGUUAUCGUCCCGUGAUAAAAAAAAAACAAGUUACUCUUUCAUUAAUCUUUUUUAGAAUACGUACACAUUAUGUACGAGCAAGAAAAGAGAACGACAAAGCGAUUCAUCGUGAAGUUUGAAGAUUUCGCUCCUCAUGUUUCAUGUCUCGCUUGGCUUGAAAAACAAUUUGAACAAAUAUGAAGCAUGCAUGAGUGUAAGCCUUUCCCAAUGUUUUUGUGUCUCACGAAGAUGGUAGGUUGUUUCGAAUCUGUUAUGUGUUCUGCCACGUACCACUGUAAAUUAGACUGAGCUAAAGUGCUGGUAUCAGCUCGAAAUGGAAUUACUAGAAAGUUUGACGAUAGCGUUUUCUGUCCCGACAUAAGGUUAUAGAAAAAGGUAAUGAUUUUUACCAUGUACCCUGGUGGGUAGACGAGAGCAUAUAUUAACAUAUUGUGCAUUUCGUGAUUAAAUCUGUGUAAAAGGUGCUUGUUGGAAUUGAGAAGAAACACUGCUAGUUGCUUAUCAUCAUUCUAAUAAUAUCAUUAUGAUCUUUGCUUUAAAGCGGAAAUGAAUGAAUAUUAAUGCAAAUAAGAGUUUUGUGUGGCAACAGAACAUGAAAAAGCAGGCUGUGAUACGAAUGAAUGCGUGCGUCGUAAUAAAAUAAUAAUAAAUAUGAACAAUAAUGAUGGAAAAAGACAAAUAUUAUUAAGAGUAAUAAAAAAAAAACGC